AUUUUUAUUCCAUGACGGUCUGUUUUGGUUGAUGCAACCCAAACGGAAGUCGUCUCCUCUAUAGUAAAACUUCACAUUUUAUUGUAAACGAUCGCCUUGUAUUUUAUUCUAUGGACAGGUUAGGAUUUGAUAAUUGCACGUGAUGAAACUUAAAGAAUUGGAAAGUUGUCUACAACAAGUGGACACAUUUGAAGAGCCCAAAAUCCUUCUGGAGCAAUAUCCAACCAGUGCACACAUUGCUGCGUGCAUGCUUUAUACGAUACACAACACGUUUGAUGACAUUGAGGCUAAACUCGUGGCCGAUCUGGGAUGUGGCUGUGGAGUUCUGAGCAUCGGUGCGGCGAUGCUGGAAGCAGGGUUAUGCGUCGGAUUUGACAUCGACAAUGACGCGCUGGACAUUUUCAGAAGAAAUGCGGAUGAAUUCGAGCUUUCCAACGUUGACCUGGUCCAGUGUGACUUGUGUUCUUUAAAAACUGAAGAUUAUCGUCACAGUUUUGACACUGUCAUCAUGAAUCCCCCUUUUGGAACAAAACAUAACCAAGGUAUGGACAUGAAGUUUUUAAGAGCCGCCAUAACAAUGGCAAAAAAAGCCGUGUAUUCACUCCAUAAAACAUCAACACGUGAGCACAUACAAAAGAAGGCAAAUGACUGGGGGGUGAAGAUGGAAGUCAUUGCAGAACUGAGAUACGACUUGCCAGCUUCUUAUAAGUUUCACAAAAAGAAAUCGGUGAGUUUAAAUAUUCUUCACACCCUUUUCCAACCUGGACAGCUGCUGAACAAGCACAUUAAAAUUGUUAGAUUGUUAUACAUGGGUCUAUUUGCAAUUCACAAUGAAAACGUAAAAACAGCAAAGCUUUUUUUUUAAUGUAGAGAAGAUUUUUGUCACCCGAGGAAUUUUAGAGAUCCAACUCAAAGUGUUCUGCUGAAAUUAAAUUACAAUCCAGGAGGAGAAAGUUCUACAUCAUAAACAUGAAAUGUUCUGAAGCGAAACAUAGGUGGACUUAAAAAGCAAAGAAAAAAGAAACUGACGCCAAGCUUUGCAAAUUGUUCUCCAGGUUGACAUUCAGGUGGACUUCCUACGCUUCUCCAAAGCCUGAAGCUUUUGAGUGGAAUGGACUUGUUUGCCUCUGUAUAUAAUAAACAUUUUGUCCAAACUAAAAAAAAAAA